CUGUUUUCUGUCUGAAAGUGACAGAUAAAAAGAGAAAUAGUGUGAACUAGGUCCCUUUCUCAGCUGGAAGUUAAAAGGCAGACACAGAGACCGGAUUCCCUUCAAAGAGCAAACGAGCCAGCAUAACAAAACGCAGGAAAGAAAUGGAGAGUGUUAACGCAGAAAAAAGUCUACCCUUCAGGAUUUUUGCACUCUUGAGCUUCCUACCACAAAAAAUGUUCAUCUUGCAAGAGGAACUUCGCAAAAAGGUGUCUUUGCCCAGAUCCUGCACUCCAGUGGCACAGAAAUUAAUCAGAGUCAGUAGUCAUGACACUUGCGCCAGAAACCCUGGAGGUACUGAGCAAACAGAAGAUAAUCAAUCCACAGGGAUUAUUGCAAAGAUUUUUGAACUCGGGAGCCAGCCUUUUCAAAUGUUGGAGAAUUUCAUACGAUUCCCUUGGGUUAACAAAGACCAAAUCCAGGAAGGAAAUGGAGGAGCCAGCAUAACAGAACACAGUAAAGAAAUAGAGAGUAUUAACACAGAAAAAAGUCUACCCUUCAGGAUUUUUGCACUCUUGAGCUUCCUACCACAAAAAAUGUUCAUCUUGCGAGAAAAAGCCCUAUUGAGCAAUGAUAAUGAGAAAGCAGAAGUCAGUGAACACAAAGGAAUUAUUGCAAAUAUUUUGGCUCUUGGGAGUCGGCCCAUGCAGCUGUGCAAGAAUAUGAUCCAAACCCUAAAUCCUUUUGACAAGCUUAAGAAAGAAAAUGACAAAUUCCGGAAUGAACUUGAUAAUCUCCAGGAGAAAAUGAAAGAGCUUCAGAAAGAGAAUGAAUGGAGAAGGGCUCGCAAUAAAAAAGAUGACAUCACUCUUGAUGCAGGAACAGCCCACCCCAACCUCUGCAUUGCUGGGGAUAAGAAGAGUUUGAAAUAUGAAGCCCAGCCUCAGAAAGUUCCACCACAUCCAGAGAGGUUCGAUUCGACUGUCUGUGUGUUGGGCUCUGAAGGAUUCUCCUCUGGAAAGCACUAUUGGGAAGUGGAUGUUGGGAGCAGCACUUACUGGGACCUGGGGGUGGCCAGAAAAUCCAUAGAGAGAAAAGGGAAACUUUCUUUGUCCCCUAAACAGGGAUUCUGGGCUCUGAGUCUGAAUGGGGGAGAUUAUUGGGCAAAAACAGAUCCAUGGACCCGGAUCAUGGUGCAGAAAAAGCCCAAGAAAAUUGGAGUUUACCUUGGUUACCAAGAUAGGCAGGUGACCUUUUUCAGUGUAACUGACAUGUCUGUGUUGUUCACAUUUAAUGACUGUUCAUUCUCAGGAGAGGUUUAUCCCUUCUUUAAAAAUUCCCACAAAGGGACAACAAUGAGAAUUUCUUCAAUUAAAGAAGAGGAAUAAAUUUAAAAUGGCUGUGAGGCUCUGUGUUGUUGACUAAACUAAGCCAAAGCUCCUUGAUGUGUCAUGGCACUGUUGACCAAACUCAACCAAAGUAACAGAAUGCUUUUCAGCCAAAAGAAAGGUGAUCUGAAAAACCAUUGGCUAUGAAAUUAUAGUUACAUACAUUGCUAAUGCUGCAGGGGUGGUGGCUCCCCAUAUAAGGAAUGGGACUGCACCGGAAUUAAAACUGAGCUCUCACAAACAGAGCUAUUAACUAGAAAUGUAAUUUAUUUUCAUUGCUAACUACUAGUUUAUCUGGAGAAAGUAUAUUAGCAGCUAAAAGUAAGGAAAUAAUAUCCUAUGUUAUACUAAUGAGUCUGUGCUAAAUUGUAUAACCAGUCUUUGAGUCAGGUAUAAAUACAAAUGGGGUAAUCACACAAUCUUGAGAAAUAUUGACCAGCUGCUCUGCUGUCUUCAGGAUUGGUUGGUAGCAUAUUGACUUUUCCAUUCUGUAUUAUGCUGUGUUAAUUUUUGCUUAAUAUUUUUCAUUAAUAAAAG